UAUUAAAAUUAAAACAAACGAGACCUUAAUCUGUUUGACUAAAUAAAAGAGGGUAAAAUUGUAAAUAAAGAAUCCUUGACCUGUAGCGGCAGAAGAAAACAGUAGGGAAAAGACGUCAUAAUAACCUUUCGUAUGUACAAAGGAGAAAAAAGAAAUGCAAACUGCACAUAAAUUCUUCAUGGGCUUUUGUGAUCAUGACGACGUUGUCUGCAUUAGAAUUGAAGGAGAGAGAAACCAAAAAAAAGAUAGAAAAAAAAAAAACAGAGAAUUAUUACUCCACCUAUAAAUACAGAGAGAAAGAGAGAGAAGGAGAGAGAAAAGAAGAGUCAAAGAAGGUGCAGAAGGAUCAGCGCGGCAGUAGGAUAAUAUCAGCUACAACAUCGGUUUUCAUAUUUGUGUAUAUGUAAUGAUUUCGGUUCAAGAGGAUCAGCAGCUCGUGAUGAGAAUUUUCCCUUUGCAGGGUUAGGUCAGAGCACAUAGGAAUUUUCUCUUUUUAUUUCUCUCUCUCUAUCUCUCUCUUUUUUAUCUUUCCUCUAUUUGUCCAUUCUGUAAACCUGGGAUUUGAAAAAAAGGAGAGAUCUUUUCAAGUGGGUUCGAAUCUUGAAGGAAGAAAAAGAAAAUAUUAAAGGAAGAAACAAUAUUUGGCCGGACGGUUUUGAUUUGUUCGUCGGAAAAAAUGGCAACUUGCGGCAGAAGUAAUGGAGCAGUGAGACAGUACAUUAGGUCUAAAGUUCCUCGUUUGAGAUGGACUCCUGAUUUACACCACUGUUUUCUUCAUGCCAUUGAUAGACUUGGUGGUCAAGAAAAAGCAACUCCCAAGCUUGUUCUUCAGUUGAUGGAUGUUAGAGGGCUUACCAUUUCUCAUGUCAAAAGCCAUCUUCAGAUGUACAGAAGUAUGAAGAAUGACCUGAUCAAACAAGAUAAAAGUUCCUCUAAGAAAAGAAAACAUGACUAUUAUGUGGAAGAUUACGAUGAAGAAGAAAAUGAAGAUGAAAUCAGAAGCUACUCCCAUUCAAUUCUCAAAAAACCCAUGCAAGAACAAGAAUCAGAUUCCCAUUUCUACAGUGGUCUCUAUAGAAAAAGAUCUCGAAUGGAGACAAUUUCAGAAGAGGAGGAAGAAAAUGGAAGCUUUAAGAAAUGCGGCCAAAAACAGAGAAUAUCAUUAUUAUGUGAUCGGACGGUCACCAAUCCGUACAAUCAGCAACAGGCCAUGGCUGAUGACAAAAGUGAAGAAAUUCAUCUUCCUCCGUCCAUCUCUACCGUCCCAAAUCCAAUCUGUCUCCUGCCACGUGGCUUUUUCUACCAUUACCCAUUGGAAAAUCCACCUCAUCUCCAUAAGUUUGCAAUGUUAGAAGACUUGCAAGUACCCGUGUUGUCAUCAUCUUACAAGACUGAUAAAGUUCAAGAAAAUGCUGGAGCUCAUGGGAAAUCGAUGUAUAAAGAAACUGGUAGUUCAUGUGAACUUUCAUUAUCACUCUCGUUGCAUCUCCCGACUGCAGCUCAGAGCUCGGGUUCUUCAUUGAGCGAAAUUAGCGAGGCAUUCUCGUUUCACUCUGGUUCUGAAAAAAAGAACAAUAUUAACUUAGAUCUUUCUAUUGCUCUUUGCAGUACUUCUUAGGCGCAUAUUCUUCUUUUUGAUUCUUCUCUACUUGUGAGAAUUUAGUCCCAAUGUGGUAGUUAGCUAGCUAGCUAUGUAUGAAUCAGACCCAGAUCAAUGUAUUAGUAGUAUGAUUAAGGCCAUAUGUAGAAUGUGCUUAUUUUUCUUAUCAGGCAUUUUAAUUGUGUCAAACAAGAAGCCAAUUGUUUGGAAGAGAAGAAAGAGUGUUGGCUCA